CUUGGGAGCGGCCGGUGGCAGUGACGGGCCAGGGGACACGCAGCGUGGAGGGCGCCCGCGGCCUCCGGGCCGGCCUGCGGCAGGACGCUCCGCAGGGCUCAGCUCUCCCCGCGGUGAAAAGCAGGCGGGGAGCCCGGAGCUGAGAAGCGCGGGCGGGAGGAGGCGGGAGCCCGGGGCCGCUAGCGGCUCCUCCCCCGGCGCCUCCGCUAUCUGGGUCAGACGCGGAGGCCGCGGCGCCGGACCUUGGGACCCGCGGACUCCGGGGCUCCAGUCGGCUCUCCCUUCCCCGCUCGUCCGCCCGCGGGCCCCGGUCCCUCCGGCUCCGGUCACCGAGAAGCCCUCACCGCGAACCCAGAAAUAAAAGCCAAGAAAUGCGUCAUUCCACAAACAAAGAACUGAUCCUUGGCAUCAUGGUGGGAACUGCCGGAAUCAGCUUGCUGGCCUUAUGGUACCACAAGGUCCGUAAGCCAAGGACAACAAUGCAUUUGCCUAGAUUUCUUUCUCUGGGAAAGAAAUUCGAUUCACUAACUUGGCGAGAUGAAACGCCCAGUGAACAAGGAGCAUCCGUGGUCUUUCAAAGAAGGCAACUUCAGAUACUGGAAAAGUUAAACGAAUUACUGACCAACAUGGAAGAACUUAAGGAGGAAAUCAGAUUUCUUAAAGAAACGAUUCCAAAGCUGGAGGAAUAUCUACAAGAUGAACUUGGAGGGAAGGUAACAGGUCACAAGAUAAGUCCUCAGCACAGAGCUAGGAAAAAAAGGCUGACACCAGUUCAACGUGCAGCAACAAGUAAUAGUUCAGAGGAAGCAGAAAGUGAAGGAGGGUAUAUGACAGCUAACACUGACACAGAGGAACAGAGUUUCCCAGGCCCUAAGGCUUUUAACACGCACAUAGAGGAACUGAAGUUGGAUGUCCUCCUUCAGAAGGUAGACCUUUUACGGAUAAAUGAGUCUGACAAAGUGGAGAGCUUCGAGCUGCUUUGCGACCACAAAGAAAAGUUUAGUGAAGAAAUAGAGUUUCUGUGGCGGCUUGCCCGUGCCUAUGGAGACAUGUAUGACCAAUCUACAAAUACACAAGAAAAGAAACAUUAUGCUAAUAUUGGAAAAACGUUAGGAGAGAGAGCUAUCUCUCGAGCACCCAUGAAUGGACACUGCCAUCUGUGGUAUGCAGUUUUAUGUGGUUAUGUAUCUGAGUUUGAGGGCUUGCAAAACAAAAUUAACUGUGGACAUCUAUUCAAGGAGCAUCUAGAUAUAGCCAUCCAGCUCUUACCUGAAGAACCCUUUUUGUAUUACCUCAAGGGAAGAUAUUGUUAUACUGUCUCAAAACUCAGCUGGAUUGAGAAAAAAAUGGCUGCCACUCUGUUCGGGCAAAUACCAUCGUCAACGGUUCAUGAAGCUUUGCAUAACUUCCUUAAGGCUGAAGAAUUGCAACCUGGUUAUUCUGUGUCCAACUACAUGUUCGUGGCCAAGUGUUACGUUGAUCUUGAGGAAUCUCAGGAUGCUUGGAAAUUCUGCAACUUGGCAUUAUUACUGCCUAUCGUUACCAAAGAGGACAAGGAGGCACACAAAGAAGUGAAAAAAAUAAUCUGUUCUUUGAAGAGGCGGAAAACACACAGGAAGAGUCGUGAACACACUGAAAAUGUCAAGUCAAAGACUGUGGCCACCAUGAAAGACUAGAUAGUGAAAAUAAAGCGUGCAGAACUGUAGUCCUCAAAGACACGCUGUGAACGGAUGGAUGUGUUGAUGAGAUAGGCUAGAAAGCCUUUGUUUGUACGUGUAUACUCAAAGGCACACACUAAUUUAACAUACGGUAAAAGUGGUAUGUGAAAGAACUGUCCAAAGAAUAAGGUCUUGGGGGAUUGGGGUGAGGUAGCAGAGAGAGCCAGGGCAAGCUACAAGAUUGUUAAGCAACUGGUUUAGAUCUUGUUUAUUCAGAAAGACCCAGGAGUAGCUCACACGUCCCCCGCCACCAUGAUGUUCAUAGGUCCACUGGGGAGCAGUCAUUGUGUCUUACUUCUUACCUCUCAAGCUCUCCCAUUUGUAUCACAACACAGCAACAACAUGCUGUAAGCAUAUUACAGCACAAUAGCUGAUCAGCAGAGGUGAUGGAUACAUGUGAUAGCUCUGAACACAGCAGCAGAAAAAUGCCAACUAGGAAGGAUAUCAAGACUUAUGAGAAAUGAGGGUGCGGGUGAGGGGAUAAAAGAGAAUAGCCUAGCUUGACACUCUCACAGGAACCUUCUAGGUAUGGCUCGGCUUGAAGAUACGGGAAUAACUAUACUGGAGCAUGAUGGAGACUCGUCACAGAGAUGCCUGAUUUUCAUCAGAGAGGAGCAGGACAUCCCCGAAGUAGUACCACCCAGGAGCUCAUAGGCAUGGUUCUGCAUGAUCUCAAGCGAGCCUUGGGCCUCUUGCCGCCGGCUCUCAGGGUGCACGUAACAUUAAGUGGCAAACCCCAGGAGGUGCCCAAACAAUAAUUGUUCGCUUAGAGUUGAGCUUUGUGUAUGACCAGCGCUCACUUCGCUUUCGACAUCUUCCUUCUGUGGGAGCCCUGAGUGGCGUGGACUAGAUAGACCCAGUAAGUGUUCCCAUAUUUUGUCAAAGAAAGUUAAGGCUGAGAGCAGUAGACGGAUUGAUUGGCAUCUUCUUGAUGCCCUGUCCAAGUGCACCAACCUCCUGCUCCAUUUGCAUUCAUAUUGGCAGGCGGUGAAGAUAGGCAUUGAGCUAAGCCAGUACAGGCAGCAGUGGCUGAGAUGUUCCUGGAUGUAGCCCUCACAAUGAAAGCUCAGCAGGUCUGGGAACAGCACAGGAAAUGAACUCUUAGGUUCCUGCUAUGCAGAAACAGGGCCAGGGGUGGUCAGUACUGAGCUGGCAAACACUGGGUUAUCUGCUGAAGUCUGAUGUGAUAGCAGCCUGGCCAAGAUGUCCCUGUACUGACUGGUACAAGGAUAAUCAAGGCUGCCUAGUGAAUGCUGCUUGUCUAUUUGGGUGGGUGGGUGGGGAUAUGUAGAAUUAAGAGCAUAGAACAUAGAAACAUGUCUUCUUUGUCACUAGGGUCCAUCCAUCUCCUAGAAAUAUGGGCUUCUAGGGAAUGGCAGCCUGGUUGGUAUAAAGAAGAAAGGGCCACAGUAGACUGGAAUCUUGCAUAUUGUAACUGAAAGUUUUCCUGUGUCCCACCCAGUCCACAGCCCAAGUAA